CUUGCUACUACUACUGCUACUAGUACUGCCGGACAGGAAAAUACGUACGCAGCUAUUCUUAUUUUUUUUAUUUUAUUUAAAGAAAACGUGGAAUCCAAAAUAAAGAUAUUAUUUAAAAGAAGAAGACAGGCACACCACUGCACAAUAUAUAUAUAGUGUGUUGCACUGGUUGAAUCUGGCAACAACAGGUGGUCUGGUUUUUAGAGAGAUCCAGAUCUGUCAGUUCAGACAUGUUGACAAACAAUGACAGGUGCCCUCAGAACAACACGGAUGCCACGGAGUGCAAACCCGAGGCCGCCAAGGCGCGAUGGAGUCUCCUGCGACAGGUGUUAAAGCAGAGGCAGCCGGACAGUGACAGUAUGCAGCAGAUAUCCGUGCGCAGAUUCUCCUCCUUCAACCUCUUCACGAGAACCAGAGUGAAGGAGCUGGACCGAGAGGAGUCGAGAGGAGGAGGAGCGGGGCAGUGGGUACAAUACACAAGUGCUUCAUUUCCACAGUACAGUGCCUUUUUAAGAGAUAACCUCGGACCUUUAAAAGUGGACGAGGUUCUCACCAGCUUCGACAACACCGGGAAUGUCUGUGUGUGGCCAUCAGAAGAAGUGUUGGCCUACUACUGCCUGAAAACCCCCGAUGUGUUUAGGGGCCUUACCGUGUGUGAACUGGGGGGCGGCAUGACAUGCUUGGCUGGGCUCAUGAUCGCUAUUGCUGCUGAUGUCAAAGAAGUCCUGCUAUCUGAUGGGAAUGAAAAAGCCAUCCAAAAUGUGCGCAGUGUCAUAGAAAGGAACAGGAAAAUGGGUGUUAUCAAGGCGGCUUCAGUAUCUAGUUGCGUUGUGAGAUGGGACAGUGAGGCUGACGUCUCUCCAUUGGAAGGGCAUUUUGACAUUGUUAUCUGCGCUGACUGUGUGUUCCUGGACCAGUACAGAGCCAGCCUCGCUGAUGCAAUAAAGAGAUUGCUCAAACUGAAUGGGAGAGCCAUUGUGUUUGCCCCUCGACGAGGCAGCACUCUGAACCAGUUCUGCAGCCUGGCUGAGAAAGCGGGUCUCUUCAUCCGCAGAUAUGAAAAUUAUGACGAGCACAUUUGGAACUUCCAUUCAAAGAUGAAGAGGGAGAAGAAGGAGAUCUAUGAUGAGAAUAUCCACUACCCAGUGCUGCUGAUACUGACCAAAGGGACACCCGCGCCAGACCCGACACGCAAGCAGACCUGAAUCUAGCUGUUUACAUUAUGACGACAACAGUAUACCUCUGUAUCCUGACCUGCCAAUAUGCCUAUAGCAAGCCCGCCAACACUGUUAAACCUACCUAUGGGACAUUUAUUUCAGUUAAGAUUGUUUUUUAUGUUUUGUUGGAGAAAUGGUUGUUGCAUGUAAACCCCACGGCGGAGGCUUCUAAAACUGAGGAAACAUGAAGCCACUUUGGGGUUUGGAGCUGGGUUUCAGGACACUAGGGGAGACUUGGAGUUUGAUACAGCACAGUUUCCUCAUACUAGGUCUCCUGGUCUCCUGGAAGCAGGCUUCAAGAUGCUGUUCCUGAAAAAGUGGCUUCAUGUUCCCUCAGCUUUAGAAACAAAAUCCUGGUCAAAUCAAGUAUGACAUUUUUUGAAUUUUGUUUUGGAUAUCCAGCUCUUUUAGGGGUGCUAUAGUAAAAAUAUUCAUUCAAUCAGUGCGAUUUAAAUGUGCAAUGUGCAAAAUAUUUGUUUUAUAAAAAAAUGAAAUGAAACAACGCCCACAAAAGAAGGUUAAAUAGCAUCAAUUGAUAAAAUUGGCUAUAUUUAAGCAUACACCCGACGUAUUUUAAAAGAAAUCAAAGAAAAUCACAGUUUGAGAUUUGACAGUUGUCUUUGAUUUUCUGUUUCAGGUUCAAAGAUUAGCCACUUCUAAGUUCAAGCACUGUUUCUCAACGGUUCAACCCUAACGUCAAAUCUUUGACUUGUAGAACAAUCAUUGCCCUCUCUUUGCUUGUGCUGGGCGGUUUACCUUGUUCCUUUAAGAGAUCUUUACAAACCUGUGCUUUUCACUAUGCAGCCAUAGUUUAAAAAAAAUGUAAAUGAUAAUAAUAAUGAGAAUUAUUUUACACAAUUGUAUAUGGUUUUUACGCACCCUCUCUCUCUCUCUCUCUCUCUCUCUCUCUCUCUCUCUCUCUCUCUCUCUCUCUCUCUA